CUGUAUAUAAACUUCUCCGCCGUGGUAUCCAGAGCAAGGCAUGGUUUUCACUUUUUAACAAAAUGAGAUUACUCAAUGCAGUGCCGCUUUUCAUCCUUUUGAUCACAUUGCAGUGUUCCCAUGCUGUGAGUCCCACAGGCUGUGAUGAUGCUGAGCCUGUGGCCAGAAAAGCUCUAGACCUGAUCAAUAAAGGACGAUGGGAUGGCUACCUUUUCGAGUUGCUGCAGGUUGCUGAUGCCCACUUGGACAAAUCGGAAUCUACCGCUGUCUAUUAUUUAGUCUUGCAUGUAAAAGAAUCGGACUGUCCAGUCCUAUCCAGGAAGCACUGGGAUGACUGUGAGCCAGCUGUUUCCAUACGUCCAUCUGAUAUAGUUAUUGGACAAUGUAAGGUAAUAGCUACAACAUGUUUGGAUGGAUCUCAGGAUCUUAGAGUGAAUGGCUUUAAUUGCACCACAAGUUCUGCCUCUUCGGUACUGGCCAAUACGAAAGACAGCCCAGUACUCAUCGAUUUCUUUGAGGAUACGGAGCCCUACAGAAAAGAAGCUGACCAAACCUUGGAAAAGUACAAAAGGGAGAACAGUGACUUUGCCUCUUUCCGAGUGGACAAAGUGGAGAGGGUUACAAGAGUGAGAGGAGGGGAAAGAACGAAUUACUACAUGGAUUUCUCUGUGAGGAACUGCUCCAGUCGCUGGCGCUCUCCUACCUUUGGAUUCUGUAGAGCAGAUUUCAUUAAUGAUGCAGAAGCCUCUGACUUGGAAAACCCAGAAGAUAUUGUCAUAAACUGUGAAGUCUUCAACUUCAAGGAUCAUAGAAACAUCAGUGGUGGGCAGCAGCAUUUGGACCAUCACUUCCACUCUGGUGAGCAUGAGCAUUCUCCUGCUGGCAGGCCUCCACAUAAGCCCGGUAGAUCUCGAGAUCACCAUGAUUCCCACAAGCCACAUAAAUUUGGGUGCCCACCUCCUCUAGGAGACAAAAGUCACUCAGACAGUCCACCAUUUCAAGCAGAAGCUUCUCCAUCAUUGCCCUCUUUAGGCACCAAUGGGGUCCAUGGACCCUCAGAUAAUCAUAGUUCCAGUGAGCAUCAUCUCCCAGAACAUCCUCCUCAUGGACGCCAUCCCCAUGGGCCCCCUCCUCAUGGACGCCAUCCCCAUGGGCCCCCUCCUCAUGGACGCCAUCCCCAUGGGCCCCCUCCUCAUGGACGCCAUCCCCAUGGGCCCCCUCCUCAUGGACGCCAUCCCCAUGGGCCCCCUCCUCAUGGACGCCAUCCCCAUGGACCCCCUCCUCAUGGACGCCAUCCCCAUGGACCCCCUCCUCAUGGACACCAUCCCCAUGGCCAUGAUUUCCAUGACUAUGGACCCUGUGACCCACCACCCCAUAGCCAAGGUCCCCAAGACCACCAUCGCUGGGGCCAUGGCCCACCACCUAGGCACUCAGAAGAAAGAGGUCCAGGUAAAAAACACUUUCCCUUCCACGGGAGAGAGAUUGGAUAUGUUCACCGACUCCCACCAUUAAAGAAAGGUGAGGUUCUUCCUCUUCCUGAAGCCAAUUUUCCCAGUUUCUUGUUGCCAAACCACAAGCCCCUACAGCCAGAGAUUCAGCCCUUCCCUCAAUCAGCCUCUGAAUCAUGUCCAGGGACAUUCAGGGGUGAGUUUUCAUAUCUUUCAAAGUUUUUUGCACAUGCAUUUCCAAAAUAAAGUCUCAUUGCCUUGUUGGGGAAAAAUGGAUCAUGUCCUGAAGUUGAACCAUAAAUAAAAUGUGAUCAGUAAU